GUGUUUUAUCACUCUGAUUUAUCAAUAUGAACUAUUUACUGUCUUCAUUUUAGAUAUGAUGGAAGUGAAAAAGGAGAGUCAAGCUGAAGUGGAUGAGAAACAUCCGAUUGUAAAAAUAAACCAUAAUGUUUCACAGAAAGAAACUCUGAAGACAGAAGACAUAAAGUGUGAAAAUAGUUUCAGUGAAGAAGAACGCCCUGCAGAUCACAAGAGGACUCACAGUGAGGAGAAACCUUUCACAUGUCAACACUGUGGAAAGAGUUUCAGAAGGAGGGCUCACCUUGAAGCACACAUGAUGAUUCACACUGGAGAGAAACCAUUCACAUGUCGUCUGUGUGGAAAGAGUUUAACAUCAAAAUCUGGCCUUAAUUUACACAUGAGAAUUCACUCCGGAGAGAAACCAUUUAUAUGCCAAAACUGUGAAAAGCGUUACACUAAUAAAAGUAAACUUGAGACUCACAUGAGAAAUCACACUGGAGUGAAACCUUACAAAUGCUCCCAGUGUGAAAGGAGUUUUACAUGUCUAGGUAGCCUUAAGACACACAUGAAAUUUCACUGCGAAGAGAGACCGUUCACAUGCCAUCUGUGUGGAAAGAGUUUCACAUUAAAUGCUGACCUUAAUUUACACAUAAGAAUUCACACUGGAGAGAAACCUUUUGUGUGCCAUGAGUGUGAAAAGAGUUUUACAUCUUCAGGUAACCUUAAGAAACAUUCAAGGAUUCACACCGGAGAGAAACCUUACACGUGUCAACAGUGUGAAAAGAGUUUCACCUUCCAAUCGAACCUUUUCCGGCACAAGAAAACUCACAGUGCAUAAAAGCCAUUUAGCAUGCCAGCAUUGUGACAAGAGUUUUUCCCAGAAACAACUGCAAGCUUCAUUCAGUUUCUGAUAUAUUUUUGAGAGUGCUUGGCCAAACAUUUAUAUGUAAACAUACAAACAUGCAGGAGACAUGAGUGACCGCCUCUCCCCUCAUUUUGAUUGGACAAUGGAAAAGACGCAAAAGACGUUGGGUGCUAAGGGAAAAUAUAACGUAUGGUAUGAUUCCUUUUAAUUGAUCUGAGUAGAAACAUGCAUUUAUGUUGCAUUUAAUUUUUUUUCUUUACUAGUUUUUGCAACAUAUAUUGAGAGUAUGUUAGUUAAAUAUUCGCUUGAUUUGAUCUAGUUAUUCUAUAUGACUUUCUUUCUAUUGUUUAAAUCUUAUGUUGGUGCUGUUUGUCUUUAAAUGCUAAUUUGGGUCUCAAUCUCAAGGUUUUUAUUUAAUAUCACGAGAAUGUUGUGAAACAGCAAAUGUCACUGUAUGUGUUUGGUAUGAUAUAUCUGCUAGAUUUGCUUCUAGUUAGAUGAAGUUAGACAGAGUUAGUCUGACUAUUGACGAAGUCUGACAAACUGUCAAGAACGCAACUAUCUUUAUUUUAUUUUUAAAUUACUUUGUCUCCUGUAUGCAUAUUUUCUCAUUCAUCUCAGCAUCUGCACUGUGGCUUAACCCACAACAAAGUUUUGAGUAACGGACUGAGUCAUUUUUCCUGACAUGAGAGAGAUCUAGUGAGAUAUCAUAUCAUUUUUGGAUGUGAAAUCUUUUCAGCGUUAAAGUUUAUUAGGAAAAUAAACGUUAUCCGGUUAUUUUAGUUUGCCAUUUUAUUAAUUCUUUGUGGUGGUUUAAAGUUGGGACAAUGUUUAUUUAAUUUGUGUAUACUUUGGGCACAAUGCUAAAAAGUAAGUAACAGUUCUGUUUUACUUUGCUUUACACAUUUAGUUAAAUUAUUAUAAA